CCCGGCCCAGGUGCCACAUUCCUUCCGGAGCGGCCUUCUGCGCUGUACCCGAGGAGUCGUAACCCCGGAGCGGCCUCAGGCUCAGGGAAGAUCUGAAGAUAUUUCCACGGAUAUACACAUUUAACUUUUGAAAACAUCCUUGUGGUCUUCUGCAUUUGUUGAUAAGAUGUUUGGUAGAUUGACUUUCCCUCAAAUGUUUCUUGCAUGUGUCCUUGGAGUUGCUGGAGGAAUCUAUAUUUAUCAACCAAUCUUUGAACAGUAUUCUCGAGAUCAGAAAAUUUUAAAGGAAAAGUCACAAAUUGUUCAAGAAUCAGAAGAGAAGAAAACUUAAUGAUGGACUUGAACUGUACUAGGUGCUUAAAACCCAAGUCUUUGACAAGAUAUACCUAUUAUUAUUUUGAGCAUGAUUAAGUCAAGGAUAAUGAUCUAGUGGUUCUUAACACUGUUUGAACUUUUUAUAUACUUUUUUCUUGUUUGUCAUAUUGUCCUAAGCCUACUGAUUUCCUAUCACUAAAAUCAGUAUCUUAAUGUUGUAGUUCUAUGCUUGGCACCAAUUUCCUUAAACUUGUAGUGUGGCCACUUGCUUUUGGUGGCAGUUUUGGGGAGGUCUACACAAGUGAGUAUUAGUGGUGUUUACAGUAGCAGGUGUAGGACAGGAGUUUUUAACCUGAAAUCCAUGGACUCUGGCGGGGGAUGGGGGGAGAGGGAGGGUCUACAGAUUUCAAAGGUGGGGGAGGUCCUGAUCUUCUAUAAGAAAAAGAUUACAUCUUCAUUUCAGAAUUCUUGGUUUCUUUUUCAAUCUUAUAUAUUUUAUGUAUUCAAAAACAUUUUUCGAAAAGGGAUCCAUGACAGAAACGGUUGAGAAUCCCUGAUUUGGGAGGAGAUGAGCUGGGUACCUGCCUGAUGCAGAAGCUUCCACACUUAGCUUCAGAAGAUUCAAAAGCAUGCCACCUGACCAGAAGCUCCUCAUUGCUCUAGUCUUCUCCCCAACCUUCACCUUUGCUGUCUUCAGUCUCUGGUAAAGUGGAGAAUUAUUAAGAGUUGGACUGACAGAUACAGUUGGGACACUUGGCAAGUUCACAGGAAAAGUUUGUGGACAGGAAAGGUGAUAGAGUGCACGUUAUAUCUUGUAGUAAAAAUAUGUAACACCAUCUUUCCAUGUAACUCAACACUGAUCCCCAAAUUAUAAACUUUGUAUCAAAAAGUGGAGUAGGGAAGCAAAAGAGGAAAUCUGUAAUUGAAAAAGUACUUAAAAAAAACCUAAUUGUCAUCUACCCAAUAUCAGUUUUCCAGGCUUAGUGUUUUGAUAGCUUUUGUGCAGCCUCUAGCUUAUAUUAACAAGGAUAUACACAAUGCUUUUAAAAUAUAAAGAAUUAUUUUCCCUUCUGAAUGAAUUUAGUAAAACUAGUAAGGUCUAAUUUCAGUUAUCUGUGAUGAGUACAUAAAAUUAAAAUCUAUAAAUAAUUAACAAAAUGAGAUACUAGGAUCUGGCUGGUUAACAGAUGUUCUGAUUUCAAAUCCUGCCUCCACCAGUACAAUGCAGCUAAAUCACAUAUUUGAACAGUUGCUGGUGUUACCUACAAUGUAAAUGACGACACUAUUUAGUUAUAAAGCAGAAGUGAUUGUUUUGCUAGAACUCCAAAUUGCACGAACGAAGUUCUACAUACAGAAAUUUCACCGAAAAGAUUGUUUCAUCUAUGUGUUAUUGGGUUUAAAUAAGAACAUAUCAGGGAAAAAGCAACUCUGAAGUUCUCUGUAAAAACAGUGGUGGUAUCUACUUUAAUUCCACAGUCAAAUAUAUUCCUGGGAGAAAUUUGUAGCAUUGUUUUCGUAGGUAAUUGUGCUAAACUGACAAUAUUAGUAUAUUCUUUGAGUCUAGCUUAUUGAGAAUUGUAGAAAUAGCUUUCGGGUUGUUGCCUAGAGUUAUCAGGAAAUCACAGUUUCCUUCUAAAGCCAAAAUGCCUAUUCGCUUAAAAUUGCAUAAAAAUCCAUCACAAUGUUCGUGGAAGCAAAACAGUCAUCAGUGCUUUGGUGCCAAAGCACUAGAUACCAAAAAGCCUGGGAACAAAUGAGAUGAUAAAUGAGAAGGUAUUACAAGAAGUUGAAAACUCUAGACAAAUUGUUCCCAAGUUACAACUUUGGGUUGUAUUCCACUUAGGUUUUUUUCUCAAUUAGAUUGUUAUACAUUUUUAAUAGAUUCCCAGGCUAGCCCACAAAAGCCUCUUUAAUAGGAAAAAAGUGACUAAGCAAGCCAAGAUUGGUCCCUGAGCUCUACCUUUUCUAUUUAUGUGGUAUUUUAAAUCUUACUUGCCUUUCCCAUUGAGGGGACAGGAAGACCAUCAUGGCUAGUCAUCUGCACCGUAUUUGGUAAGCUCCAAUUUAGAGGCUAGGCCAAAGAACCUCUCCUUUGCUAUAACUAUAAUAAGGUCAGGGCAGACUAGUCUGCCAGCUCACCAUGGAGUUGCUCUAUGAACCUCAUAGACUAUGCCACUGCCCGGCCCCUACUAUCUUAGGGAUUCAGUCAAAGGGCUGCACUUGAAGACCUAGAGAGCCACAUAUGGUCUGGAGGCUACAAGUUCCCUACCCCAGUCUUAGCAGUAGCAAGUCCAUCAUAAAAACAUGUUGCUACCUGGUGCCUGGAGUUGAUAUUCUGUUCCAUGGAGCAGUGCCAUGGCUGUUCACAUGGAAGGGACAUUGUAAACCAGGGGUUUGUAACUCAGGUAUUGCUUAUACUUAAAACACCAAAUAUCCAUCAAAUGGGAUAUGGAACAAUCAGAGAUGAGUGAGGGGAAAAUUGGGGCAGCUAGAUUUAGCAGUGGCAGCAGACAGAUAAAUGAGAUGAAUACUAGAUGUAUCUAAACUACAUGUACUAGAUACAGCUAAACAUUUUCAUUUUAUCCCAGAAGUUACAGGGUUCCAGGUUGUUCCUCAAAAGGAGGAACGCGUAUAGCGCGGGCACUUAUACAAGCCAGAGACUCAUUUCAGGCACACAGGUAGGUAUCUAAAUUUAAGACCAUUGCUAAUAGUUGUCCAAAAAAUAGGCUUCCCUGUGAGAAAGUUCAAUAUUUGUUGAAUUGAAAUUAAGACCAAAUGUUUACUUUGGCUUUUUAGCUGCAUGGUUGAACAAAGAUGUUAAAUAGGUGCCUAUGCAAUGCAGCCUGCAACACUUAAGAGUGUAACUUGAACCAGAUUAAAAUAUAACUGGGAAAUCGUUAACAAAAUAAAUAAAAAUACAAAAGAACAGUUAAUUUUUAUGUAGUUGGCAGUCAACACACAGCCCACAGAGAUCCUUAUGUACAGUAUAAUAGCUCUUUCUAUUUGAGUUUCAUACCACUGAUGUAGAGGGUAUCUAAAGCUGAACUAAAUGACCGUUAAGAUACCUUCCAAUUCUAAGAGUGAUGGAAGGACAGACAGAGGCCCCUGAUUCAUAGCUCCAGCGUUUGUUAGGAAUUGGAAGAACAAGAUGUCUCAUUCCUCACAAUGCUGUCUAGCUCCUGCAAGCUACCAGGGUCUUGCCCUCAGGGAGCUUAUAGUUUAAUUGGGGAAUGCAAAUACACAAACACUCAUGAACUCAAAAGAUAACUAACAAUAUAGGGAAGUAUAUUGAUACUAGAUGAGUGAUAACAGUUUUAGAGAUUACCUCCUUUUCUAUUUCACUUUUAAUAAACGAAUGGUAUUAACCUUC